AUGGCAGAGGCUGUGGAAUACUCCCAGAAGGAAAUUGAGCUGCACAACAGCGCGGGAGAUGCGUGGAUGGUGAUUCAUGGAGAAGUCUAUGAUGUGACGAAGUAUAUACAGAGCCACCCGGGUGGCGUUGAUGUGCUCAUAGAGGCUGCUGGCACCAAUGCUAGCGAGGCUUUCGACAAUGCCGGCCACUCAGACGAUGCAUUCGACCUAAUGGUGCCACUACGAAUAGGCAAACUCAAGGGAUACAAGAAAAGGAAAGCGAGAAUAGCACUCGCCAAACCAACAACGACUGCGAAAAGCAAUACCUCGCCAUCUACAGAGAAGAUCACGUCUGACACCGCCAAGUACACCAUAGUUUCACUUGGUACCGCUGCCUUGUACUACGGUCUUACUACGUCCGGCGUGGAUCGUGAUAUAAUGUCUAAAGCCUCUUCACUUGGCAAGAAUCUACCUGGCUUUUUAAUGGGAAUGCUAGUUGGAGCCGGUGUUCUGGCAUCAGUCCAUACUCUGAUUGCUCGUAGGCUGCUCCAGAUUGUCGUUUCCCUAGACUCGCCAAGAUAUCCCUACCAUUUCAAGGUACCAAAGGCCCCUGAGUUCAAUCUUCUACAGCAAAGGGGAUGGCUAGACUCGGAGGCAGCUGCAUCUGCGAUUCCACUAGCCAAAAAAGAGUUGGUGUCGCCAAACGUAUACCGUCUGACAUUCACCUUGCCCUCUUCGCAUCCCAUACUUGGUUUGCCAACAGGUCAACAUGUGGCCACUACCGCAGUUAUUGACGGAGAAACUAUAACGCGAUCUUAUACUCCAACGUCGAAUAACGCCGACAAGGGCAUCUUGGAGCUCCUCAUCAAGGUCUACCCCAACGGUAAAAUGACAAAUGGCUACUUGGCCAACCUAAACAUUGGCGAUGAGGUUCACUUCAGAGGUCCCAAGGGAGCGAUGCGAUACUCUCGGCAAUUAUGCAAGAAGAUGGGCAUGGUAGCUGGCGGCACGGGGAUUACACCUAUGUUCCAGAUUAUCCGGGCCGUCUGCGAAAGUGACCGUGAUACCACGGAGAUCAGCCUCAUCUACGCCAACCGGACAGAGCAGGAUAUCCUUCUCAGGGAGGAGCUGGAUACCUUUGCUAGGCGAUACCCAAAAAUCUUCAAAGUAUACUAUGUACUUGAGAACCAUUCUUCUGAGUGGAAAUUUGGGUCUGGCUAUGUGACGAAGGACAUGAUGGCUGAUAUGUUUCCUUCUUCGAGCGAGGAGGGAAGCAGGAUUAUGAUCUGUGGACCACCUGGAAUGGUUACCGCAGCCAAUAAGUCGCUGGUAAGCCUGGGGUACAAGCAGCCUGGCGCAAGUGCAAAGAUGAGCGACGAAAUCUUUGUCUUCUAG